AUGGCGCAAGCUGCCGAAAGCCCUGACGGCUCUGCAGACGACGAAGUCGCUCGUCGCACUGACGGGCCGCUGGGAGGGAGUGCAGACGUUACUUUCGUGCCGGUAGCCGCACGCGCGCCAUCAGUGAGCACCUGUGGUCCGUUUGUUUCCCUGGGGGAUGGUAGCGACAGAAGCAUCGGUAUUCUCACCACGCCCUACGCGCUCGCUCAGUCCGGCUGGUUCGGCUUGCUCCUUCUGGCCGUCACGUCCCUUCUCUACCUCCUCACCGCCCGCCUCCUCCGCGCCUGCAUGGACCACGCCCCUGCCACCGAUCCCCACACCUCUACCACCGCAUCCCAAACCGUCACAACCCCUCCCGACACCUCCACCACCGCACUCCACACCUCCACAAUCACCACCUACCCCGACAUCGGCGCAGCAGCGUUCGGCCGCACGGGGCGCAUGCUGACGUCCCUGGUCCUCUACGGGGAGCUCUUCGCUGUGUCAGUCGAGCUGCUCAUCCUCGAAGGGGACUCCCUCGCCUUCCUCUUCCCCUCCUUCGCCCCGCACGGCGUCCCCCUGGGGUCCUCCCUCCGCCUGUCGGCCAACCAGGUGUUUCUGAUCAUCGUGGCGCUGAUCGUGCUCUCGGCGGUGUGGCUUUUGGGGCGCCUCAAAAGUCCCCUCUCUCCACCUCUCGCCAAACCAGGUGUUUCUGAUCAUCGCUGCGCUCAUCGUGCUCCCCACGGUGUGAUUACGGAAGAUGUCUCUGCUGGCGUAUGUGUCCGUGUGGGAGGGCUGCUUGCUGCGCUGGUCACCGUGGUGUUUCUGAUCAUCGCUGCGCUCAUCGUGCUCCCCACGGUGUGGCUACGAAAGAUGUCGCUGCUGGCGUAUGUGUCCGUGGGAGGGCUGCUUGCUGCGCUGGUCACCGUGGUGGGCGUAGCGUGGGUAGCAGCCGUGGGGACGGACGAUGCAGGCUCGGCUGCUGCUUCUGCUUCUGCUGCUACUUCUGCUGCGGCAGCAGCGCAAGGAGGAGCGGCGUUGUUGCGGGUGCAGGGGAUACCAGUGGCGAUGGGAAUAUUCGGAUUCUGCUUCUCAGGCCAUGCUGUGUUCCCCACCAUCUACCGCUCCAUGGACAAGCCACAGCACUUCAACCGGGUUCUCCUAAUCUGCUUCACCGUCUGCACGUGCAUAUACGGCGGCAUCGCCAUUCUCAGCAUCUCCAUCUCGCUGCUCCUCCCCACCGCCUGCCACCUCAGCAUCAAGUGGCGCCAGCUGUCGCGCGCGUCAGUUGCAUGCCACGUGGCGAUUCUCCUGGGAGGGACGGCGGCGGCUGUGACGGGGACGAUUUAUGCCGUCAGGGGGAUUGCUGGUGGUGGUGGUGGGUCGCAUUAG